AAAUCUCUAUCCACCCUGGCAAUCAUCUGCCUCUCUUACUGCCAGUGAUCAUCUGAAGAGCUUCUUGGCUUUAAAGGGUUUGGUACAAUGGACCAGUACUUCAGUCUAAUGUGUCUUCUUGCCUCUGCCUGGACCACAGCAUUCCUGGUGCAAGGUCUUCUCCGAAAAGAAGAUAUUUCCUUUGCAACACCAUGCAGAAUCAUGGGAGUGACCCUUGUGACAACUAAAAAUCAACUGAAUCUCACAGAAGCUAAGGAAGCCUGUAGCCUACUGGGACUAACUCUGGCCAGCAAAGACCAUGUUACUGCAGCAAGGAAUUAUGGCUUUGAGACUUGUAGUUAUGGAUGGGUUGACAAUGUGGUCUUGAUCAUCCCUCGAAUUAAUGCAAAUCCCAAGUGUGGCAAGAAUGGGGUCGGCGUCAUAACUUGGAGCAAUGCACCCAGUCGGAAGUCGGGUGCCUACUGUUACAAUUCAUCUGAUACACAGAUUAACUCAUGUGCUCCAAAAAUUGUCCCUACCAAAGAACCAUCAGUCAGUGAUAGUCAAGCUGAAACCUACACAACUGAAAUGACUGUCGGGAACAACAUAUACUCAGCAUUAUCUACUGAUAAACCAGAGUCGAAUCCACUUACUCUUAUACCUACCAUUCCUCCUACUUCUAUUAUUACUUCUACCUCCACCUCGAAGAAAAGAAGAGUAAUUUGCAUAACAGAAUUUCUUAUGGAAACUAGCACCUCCAUGAUAUCCACAAAAACAGAAUCACUCAUUGAAAAUCAAACUGCAUUCAAGAAUGAGACGAAUAGGUUUGGAGGUGUCCCCACUGCACUGCUGGUGCUUGCACUCCUCUUCUUUGCUGCUGCAACUGUUCUUGCAGUUUGCUAUGUUAAAAGGUAUGCAAAGGCCUUCCCUUUCACAAACAAAAAUCAGCAGAAGGAAAUGAUUGAAACCAAAGUAGUGAAGGAGGAGAAGAUAGAUGAUUGCAACUCCAAUGAGGAAUCAAAGACAUUUGAUAAAAAUCCCGAUGAUCCCAAGAGUCUACCCAAAACAACAGUACGGUGCCUGGAAGCUGAAGUUUAGGUGAGAAAGAAGUGAGAGGACCCAUCUGAGACUGACUGCUUUUCUGAAACACUUAUUGGCCCUAGAUGGGGAAAUGAGACAAGCCAAAGAGCCAAACAAGAAUGUCUAGUCUUGGUUCCUAACUUGAAUCAACUCAUGGUAACCUUCAGACCAGGGAGUUUAUUAAAAAGAAGUCCUUUCUUCAACUCAUUCUUGAUCAAGUCUUCUCUCCUCCCUCCAAGUUUCCUUUAGUCCUUCUAGCCUCCCUAUGAACUGAUAUACCCAAGGGAGAAAGAGCAUGGCUCUCCCUUGCAAAGAGCAAAGAUCUAAAGAAGCUUAUUAAAAUUCAUAUCUUAAGAGACUUUCUCACUGAGAAAUGGAAGAGUUAAAAGCCAAGAAACCACCAGUCAAGGCCUUC